GUAGGGCUCGGAGACGUGUUCUCGUAUGUGACUUCCAGUGACUGUCAUUUGUUUGGUCUGUAGACUGACUGGCACAGUGGAGAGACCACCUCGAAAACGUAAAAGCAGAACUGAAUUUGCUCUUAAGGAAAUCAUGUCCUCUGGAGGUGCUGAAGAUGACAUCCCACAGGGAGAGAGGAAAACAGUUACAGAUUUCUGUUACCUUCUGGAUAAAUCUAAGCAGCUAUUCAAUGGGUUAAGAGAUUUGCCACAAUACGGACAGAAGCAGUGGCAGUCCUAUUUUGGAAGAACUUUUGAUGUUUAUACCAAACUCUGGAAGUUUCAACAGCAGCAUCGACAAGUCUUGGAUAAUCGGUAUGGCUUGAAGCGGUGGCAGAUAGGGGAAAUUGCUUCCAAGAUCGGGCAGCUAUACUACCAUUAUUACUUACGCACAUCUGAGACCAGCUAUCUGAAUGAGGCUUUCUCCUUCUAUUCUGCGAUCAGACAGAGAUCAUAUUAUUCUCAAGUCAAUAAAGAGGACAGACCUGAAUUGGUAGUGAAGAAGUUACGAUAUUAUGCAAGGUUUAUAGUAGUUUGUCUUCUUCUGAACAAAAUGGAUGUUGUGAAGGAUCUGGUAAAGGAAUUGUCAGAUGAAAUAGAAGAUUAUACUCACCGUUUUAACACGGAAGAUCAAGUGGAAUGGAACUUGGUGCUUCAGGAAGUAGCAGCUUUCAUUGAGGCGGACCCUGUAAUGGUGUUAAAUGAUGAUAAUACCAUUGUUAUCACUUCUAACCGCCUGGCAGAAACAGGAGCCCCGCUGCUGGAACAGGGCAUGAUUGUGGGGCAGUUGUCUCUGGCUGAUGCACUCAUUAUUGGUAAUUGUAAUAAUCAGGUCAAGUUUAGUGAACUAACAGUUGACAUGUUCCGGAUGCUACAAGCCCUUGAAAGGGAGCCAAUGAAUUUAGCCUCCCAGAUGAAUAAACCAGGAAUGCAGGAAUCGGCUGAUAAGCCUACCAGGCGAGAAAACCCCCACAAGUAUCUGCUCUACAAACCAACCUUUAGCCAGCUCUACACAUUCUUAGCAGCGUCUUUUAAGGAGCUGCCUGCCAAUAGCGUGCUUCUGAUCUACCUUUCAGCCACUGGCGUUUUCCCCACAGGUCGUUCUGAUAGUGAAGGUCCUUAUGAUUUUGGAGGUGUGCUUACUAAUAGUAACCGGGAUAUGAUAAACGGAGAUGCUAUCCACAAACGGAAUCAGGCUCACAAGGAAAUGCACUGCCUUCAUCCUGGAGACCUCUACCCUUUCACCAGGAAGCCCUUGUUCAUCAUUGUGGACUCGUCCAACAGUGUCGCGUACAAUUGUUUGGCCAGCCACUAGUCUGCUUGCUUUCUCCUACGACAUAUCCAAAAGCUUUACAAGAUCAGUCUCAACGAGGUAGCCUCUUCACUCUCUUUUUGAACAAUCCUCUAAUGGCCUUCCUAUUUGUCUCUGGAUUGUCAAGCAUGCGUAGAGGCCUAUGGGAAAAGUGUCAAGAGUAUCUUCGAAAAAUCAACCGCGAUAUUGCCCAGCUACUGACCCAUUCACGUUCAAUAGAUCAGGCAUUUCUCCAGUUUUUUGGAGACGAAUUUCUUCGCUUGCUUCUCACAAGAUUUAUCUUUUGUUCAGCCACCAUGAGGAUGCACAAGAUUUUUCGGGAAACACGAAACUAUCCAGAGUCAUAUCCACCACUGCCAAGGGAUGAGACAGUGGAGAAUCCGCAUCUCCAGAAGCACAUUUUGGAAUUGGCAUCUAUCCUAGAUGUUCGAAACGUGUUCUUUGAGAAUACCAUCGAUGACUAUUAAGACAGAAAUCCUCUUGUUGAAACAGCUUUUCAUUUUCCACAGAUUUUAAAUGGUGCAGUUUUCUAAUGUGAUGACAGACAUAUAGUGGUGUUACUUAGUUUUUAUUUUUUAAUUUAGGACCACCAUUUUAAAAACAAACUGAAAAAAAGUUCAAACUUUUAGGGUAACUUUUAAAAUGCAAUCUUUCAGGUCUUUUAAAAAACCUAAUUAAUCUUGAAAUUUUUAUUUCUUGGUUUUGAGGUAUGGAUACUUACCUCCAGCAUCUAAUCCUAUACUCAAAUAGUCACUACUGUUCUCACCCUAAGAAGAGUAAAUCGUUUAUUUUUGUAUAAAAAUUGGAGGAAAAUUCAACUCUUACACUUGGACCUUAAAUGUCUGGAUUUGGAAUAUAAGUAAUUGUUCAUAGUGAUGAAACUAGCCAGCACGGACUACUGAAAACCAAGAGCAGAGUCCUUCCAUGAUAUUUCCUUUCAUUCCAAGUUAAUAGGUAGAAAAACGUGUGCUUCUUUGAAGUAUGAUCAAGACAGUUUCUGUAAUCAUUUAAUUACUUUAAAUACUGUCUAUAUUUCAAAAACUAUACAGGACUAAUUAGCAUCUGAAAGCUAAAUCUUUACUUGGGGUCUUAAAAUGAUAAAUAUUACUUGGAAUGCGUGAGUACUGUGUUUUUCUGAGAUUUGUUUGCAUAUUUUGUUUUCUUUGUUGUCUUUGAAUGCCAGGAAUGAAAAAGAAAACAGCUUUUAAUUUUUAGUCAAAAAAUCAAGUCGUGGUUUCAUAAUAUAGUGUCUCUGGUAGGAAUUCUAUUAAAACUCCCUAGUUUAUGAGAUCAAGUUUGAAAAGUGGGAUUAUUGUCUGUAGUAUACAGUACAAGGUUUUUAAUCUUUUUCUCUCGUGCACACUUAUAAGACUUUAAAAAGAGAAGUUACUAAUUUUGGUUUGGGGUGACUGGAUGUUAUGAAACCUAAAAUGUAAGUUGAUAUUGUAUUGACACUCUAAAGUAAGAUUUGUUAAAACUCCUUGUAUUUAGUAUUUUAUAUUCAUGCACAACUUUUAAAAAUUAUUUUAAAUAGGACUCCAUGUUUAAUAUAAAGAUUUUUGUGUUUUUCUUUCCCUUCAUAAUUUCUCAGGCACUAUGAAGCUUUUUUCCUCCCCUCUUUAGUUCCACAGUGUUCAAGUUCAGAAAUGUAUGAAUCAACAGGCUUUCUACCUAAUUUUCUAUACAGGCUCACAGUCUACCUCUGGCAGUCCCAGGGGAAAUGAGGUGAUUGCUUAGGUACCUCUUUCCUGUGGCCCCAGGGAAAUUUUACUGUAAUAUUUUUAACUUUUUUUUUUUCA